AUGGAGAGCGGACUCGUCUCCCGCUUCAUGGAGUUCACGUCCUGCGAGUCUCAGGCGUACGCCGUGCAGCACCUCUGUUCGUGCGGCUGGAACCUCGAGAGGGCGAUCAACAUAUACUUCAUCACCGGAGGCGUCGCUGGCCCGUCAGGUGUGUCCACCCUGCUCAUGCCCGAUGAGAAGGACAAUGACGACCACGACGACGACGUGCGAGCCCCCAUCCCCGCUCGCGUUGAAGCGUUGUACGAGGACUCGUACUACGGCCGUCGUCGCGGUGCUGCCUUCGACGCCCAGUCCAUCUGGGAGGCGCCGUCUCCAACGCCGGUGCCGGCUGUGCCUGUGCGAGCAGUGUCUAAAAGUGAAGUAGAAGCGACCGGGUGGGGGGAAGCGAAAUCCGGCGACGAAGGAGAAGCCGGGGUGGAAAACGUCAGCAGCCAGGAGGCCCACGACGAUGCGCAAGAAGAAGAUAACAACAGCGAGGAAGAAGACUACGACCUCGAGAUGGAUGAAGACGACGCCUACUACGACUCGUUGGUGGAGGAAGGGAACAGCUCCAACGGCAGGGAGAUGGAUGGGGAGCAACCACGUCCGCCACAGCCGCAGCCGGAGAAGAAGACCCUGGCCGAGCUGUACCGGCCUCCGCGCGAGCUGAUGUACCACGGAUCCUUCCACGACGCCAAGGUACACGCGUCGAGGAAGGACCGGUUCCUGCUGGUGAACAUACAGACGGAAGGCGAGUUCGCGUCGCACCUUCACAACCGGGACCUGUGGCCGGACGAGGUGGUGAGCAAGGUGGUCAAGGACAACUUCGUGUUCUUGCUGCUUAAGGGGAACUAUUGCGGCGACGAAUGCAGGAAAGUGUGCUCCUUUUACAAGCUCGAAGACGAUCAGCUGACCUCCGUGCUAGUCCUGGACCCGAUCACAGGACAGUUGCUUGCCAAGCGGAGCGGCGCCAUCCAGCCCGACGAGUUCAUGCAGUUCAUUGAUGAAUACACGAAGUCGAAGCCGAGCGCUCUGCCAAAACCGAAGGUCGUCCAAAAAACGCCAACGGUGCCCGAAAGCUCCGCAUCUACGGGUGCACGCGACGAACAAGAACCGGCAAAGCCUGAGAGGUCUGCAUCUGCCGGUGCAACCGUCGAGCAAGAACCGGCAGUGCCUAAGAGCUCUGCAUCGGCCGAUGCUUGCAUCGAAGAAGAACAGGAAUCGGUACCAAAGAUCGAGGCGCCCGCCAUGAUGGUCGAUUCUGAUGGGCCCAUGGACGGCGAGAAGAUGUACAAACUGAGGGUACGCUUCCCUGACGGCAAAGUGGUCGCUAAAGAGUUCGGCUGCAAGCGGAGAGUCGCAGUCCUCUUCGCGUUCUGCAGGUCAGUUGUCCAUGACGGAGGAGAGACCGAGAAGAAGGCGUUCCGGAUCGUGAGGCUGGCCGGCCGAGCCUUUGAGGAGGUACAGGAAGACGGUGCGACGUUUGAAGAUUUGGGGCUGAACUGCUCAACCGUUUCUGUUGUUUUCAAUACUUAG